UAGAGCGAGAGAGAGAGAGAGAGAGAGAGAGAAAGCAAGGGAGAGAAGAGACCGAGAGACCACCACCAUAUGACUUGUGUGGGAAACUGGAUAUAUUAACGACCCAGACAUAAGGGGGUUGAGCUCUAAAUACAGAAGAUUAAGAGGAAAGGAAGACAAUCAUUAUAUAUAUAUUUUGUUGUUGCAUCAACCCUCCUCCCAUGUUGUUCAGGAGAGACUGCAGCUCCAUCGCUACAGCGCUGCAGGAGCACAGUGAGGAGGAGGAGGAGGAGGAGGAAGGAGAGAACAAGACAGAAGAAGAGGGGAGCAAAGGGGAAAUACACAGUCAGUUAGGUCGUCUGAGGUGUGUGUGUGUUCAGUUUGUGUGUGUGUGUGUUUACGGAUGUGUGUGUUCGGAUGUUUCCAGCCCAUUCUAUAGCUAUAGCCCAUCUCUGUUUAUUUCUGGGGCGUCCUGGUGAGGUACGAUCUCUCUCCCGUCUCUAUCCUCUCUCCCUCUCCCAUCUAUAUCCUCUCUCCAUUUCUGUGUGCCAGUACGGCACAGCUAGACGGGUGGUGGUGGUAUGUCUGAUUGAGCUCAUCAGGCUGUGCUCGCUGUGGCGCUGCUGCCGUCAGGGCCUCUGGGACUAUUAGAAAAGCCUGAGCCUAGCCUGUCUGGAGUGCCCCAGCCAACGGAGAGGUGAGUGGGUUAGUGCCAUCCCAGCUGGCGAGGAGGGUGGAGGAGGAGGAGGGUGGAGGAGGAGGGUGGAGGAGGAGGAGAGAAGGAGGAAGAGGAGGAAGAGGAGGAGGAACGCAUACAGCCGUGGGAAGCAGAAUGCUCGGCCGUCAGUAGCAUCUAGCAUCCUUAACGUCACGCCAGGCCCAGACCGAGAUCCAGACCCUGCCACCUCCAUUGACAGACAGAUGAAACCUCUCUCUCCGUCCCAGGUGAUGUUCUCUGGACCAAGCCCUGCUCUGUACAAGAUGGGGAACCUGGUUUUGAUUCCAUUAUCAUAAAACAACAACAACAACAAAGGUAAAGGGAAAUACUAGGAGAUCUAAACCUCCAUGAUUCUCCAUCUUCGCCUCCCGGCCCUGAUCUUUCUGUGUCAACCUGAUUUUCUCUUCUUGACGUUCUGAGGAUUUUGCCUAAACCUGUUUCAUGCAUGUCCACUGGAGGCAGGUUUGACUUUGAUGACGGGGGGUCGUACUGUGGAGGGUGGGAGCAGGGCAAGGCCCAUGGCCGGGGGGUCUGCACAGGGCCACAGGGUCAGGGGGAGUACGCCGGGGCCUGGAGCCACGGCUUCGAGGUCCUGGGCGUCUACACCUGGCCCAGCGGGAAUUGCUACCAGGGCACGUGGGCGCAAGGGAAACGCCACGGUGUUGGCGUGGAGAGCAAGGGCCGCUGGGACUACAGGGGGGAGUGGACGCAGGGCUUCAAGGGACGCUAUGGCCAACUGGAGAGCACGGUUAGCGGGGCCCGUUACGAAGGGACCUGGAGCAAUGGCCUGCAGGAUGGAUACGGGACUGAGACGUACUCCGAUGGAGGUACGUUCCAGGGCCAGUGGCUGGGGGGGAUGCGGCACGGCUAUGGGGUCCGGCAGAGCGUGCCAUACGGCAUGGCGGCCGUCAUCCUCUACCCACUCCGCACGUCCAUAAACUCCCUCCGCUCAGAGCACAGCCACGGCCCCCCCACCACGCUGGAGGACGGCGCCGGGACCGCCGUCUCGCCUGCCGACGGGGUGGUGGGGGGCGGGCUGGUCGGGAGUCCCGUGGGGAGGGGGGGCUUCGCUCUGACUGCGCCCAGCGAGGCGGACCGUCGGGGGAAGAGGAAAGGCCGUUUCCGCCAGUCGAUCCUGAGUGGUCUGAAGCUGCGUCGCUCCGAGUCCAAGAGUUCCCUGGCCAGCCAGCUGAGUAAACAGAGCUCGUUCUGCAGCGAGGCCGGCAUGAGCACCGUCUCCUCUGCCGCCUCCGACAUACACUCCAACGCUAGCCAGGACGGCGAGCAGGGCGCUCCUGUGGAUGCCACGGUCACCGAGGCCUACGCCGGCGAGUGGCGCAGUGACCAGCGGGCGGGUUGGGGCGUGAGCCGGCGCUCCGACGGUCUACGCUACGAGGGGGAGUGGGUGGCCAACAAGCGCCAUGGUUACGGCUGUACAACGUUCCCUGACAGCACCAAAGAGGAGGGGAAGUACAAGCAGAACGCGCUGGUCAGCGGGAAGCGGAAGAACCUGAUUCCUCUGAGAGCCAGUAAGAUCAGGGAGAAGGUGGAGCGGGCUGUGGAAGCGGCUGAGAAGGCUGCAGACAUUGCCAAGCAGAAGGCAGAGAUCGCCCUGUCCAGGAUGAGCCACGCAAGGGGAAAGGCGGAUGCAGCUGAAGGUGUGGCCCUGAAGGCUAGCGAAGAAUGUCGGAUGGCCAGGGUCGCUGCCAAGGAACUCUCGCCGUCAUUCCAUAUCCAUGGAAACGGUGAAUCCAACGGUCUGGAGUGCCAGCGGCCCAAUAAGCACCAGGACAACAAAGACCACGAGAUCAUUUCCACGGGAACUGACAGUCCUGAGCUGUGCACCCCGGACACCACGCCUCCCUUGAUAACGCCUGACCUCAGCCCAGUCCUGAGCGUCCCCCCCUCACCCCCCCGCAGCCCGCCGACCUCUAAACAAGGCCACUCUCUCCGUCCCAGAAACGCCUGCUUCAUGCGGCAGAGCGCUGUGGACGACCAGGGAGGAGGAGCAGAGAUACAGGUGCUAGUGGAGGGGCGGGGCAUGGAUUUCCAGAGGGGAGGAGCUAACAACUGGACAGAGGACAUGUAUCCAGACCGGGGGGGUCACAGCAGCCAAUCCACCACCCCGUCUCUACUGGAGGAGCAGGAGGGACAAAUUAACGGCCACCAGCAGGCCCCGUCCAACCACAAACCGAGGGAGAAGGCCUCGACCAACCACAAGUCCCGGGAGCACACUUCCUCUUCCUAUAGGUCGUGGGAGCACUCCUCCUCGUACAACCAGAAGCCCUCAAAGCACACCUCAUCCAAUCACAAGUCGAGGGAGUACAUGCAAUCCAAUCACAAAACAUGGGAUCAUUCCUCCUCCUCCACCAAUCACAGGGCCUGUGAGAAUGCCUCUUCCAAUUACAAGCAGCAGGUGCACAUUUCAUCCAAUCACAAAGCCUUGGAGCAUAACCUGUCCAAUCACAAGACUUCUGAGCAUGCUUCUUCCAAUCACAAGUCGUGCCAAGAUUAUACCUGCUCCAAUCACAUCCCAAAGGACAAUGUCUCCUCAGCCAAUCACAACGACCCCCGAGAGCAUGUGUACUCCAACCACCACUCCAAGCAGCAGCACAUCUCAUCCAAUCACAAGCUUAGCAAGCAUGCCUUGCCCGACCCCGGGCUCGACAGCCCCGCAGUGGGCUGGACUGCCGAAGGCGCCCUGCAGUGGAGCCCUGCCCACUCGCGCCUCAUGGACCGAGAGGAAGAGGAGGACAGGCUGGGAGACUACACAGUAGACAUGAGGUUCCAGCCCCUGGACUCCACUACCCAGAUGUCCCCUGGCCAUUGCCCCAAAAGCAGGCUGCGCCCGCGGGGCCUGCGGCCUGUCAAGGAGGGCUCCAUGGACUCUGUACAGAUGCUGGACACUCUGAAUGUGGGGGCGGAGCAGGAGGAGUGGCCCCUGCACAGGGACCUCACUCUCUCCCCGCCUCUCAAGUCUCAGCCAAUCACCUUGGAGCAGGAUGGGGAGCACCACACCCUCAAAUCAAACUCAGGCUCCAGCUCAGUCCUGGUUGUCAUGGUUAUUUUACUCAACAUUGGAGUAGCCCUCCUCUUCAUCCAUUUCUUUAUUUAACCUUCUAUGAUCUACUAAGUCCUAUUAUGAUGAUGAUGAUGAUGAUGAUGACUUAUAUUACAUAAGUUAUUAUUGAUAUGCCUCUGCCCAGCCACGUGGAGCCUGCAGCGUGGGAGGAGCGGAGGAGUGACGACGGACAUCGACGGUGUUUCUAUUGUCGUUAACCUCCUGCUGUUCCCUUCUCCAGCCCUUUGAUGUUUAUCUCAUCUCAUGUCACAGACUCAGUUAAGGUAUAUAAUUCAACGGAUUUAUCCAUCUGCCUUGAGUUUCUAAAACACUACACUUUUUUUAAAUUUAAUUUAAUUUAAAUUUUUUAAUGAAUUGCCUUUUUUUGUUGUGCUUGCAACCACGUGGAAAGGUAUUUUGACAUUACGACUGUGGAACAGCAGCUUUGAGAUGGUGAUGAUGCGAUGUGGUGGCGUAGUCGGCCACAAACGCACGGGUUUUGUUCGUAGGGCACCUGCUGUAUGGAGGACAGGAUACACAGGGCACAGACUAUGUCCACUGGGCCCAUCCAUCCAAGACUAGUGUACAGCACCCUCUGUCCUACACUGUAUCCCACUUAACAAUAUAACAUGCUAGCCCAUGGUGAUCACACUUCUUCUUCUUCACCCACCUUAGCCCCUAACCCUAUACCCUAUGGCCUCAUCCACCAACUGCUGGGAUGCCUCUCAAAUGGCACCCUAUUCCCUAUAUAGUGUACUACUUUUGACCAGAGCUCUAUGGGGGCUACGGUUAAACACAGUGCAUGAUAGAGGGUAUAAGGUGCCAUUAGGGACGUAGUCCUGAUCUAUGCUACCAAACUAUGCUGCAAGAGUAGAUCCAUGUUAAAGGGCUCCGCCAUGUUUAUUUUCCUGUUCACCAUAACACACACACACACACACACACACACACACACACACACACAUACACACACUCUCUCACAUACACACUCUCUCACAUACACACUCUCUCAC